CGAUUAUCAAGCAGAUGCCCAUUCGUCUUUGACGACUGUCCACCGAAAAUUAUUACAAAUCCUGUUACUCUUAAGAAGCCUUGAGUCUGAUACAAAGAGAUUCUUCAUUUCCUCCUCCGUAUUCCACCAGACUGCCCCUCCCUGCCGACACAUUCCCAACCCCAGUCACAAUGACAUCCCCGCACCGUGAUGACCGCGAUGACCUCGAAGACACACCCGAGCUGCUCGAUGCUGACGAUGCGCUUGAGGAAGUCGAGGACGAGGAUGGCGAUAUUGCGAUGGAUUUAGACGACGAGCCAGAGGAGAUCACACUCGUGAACGACAGCAUAGCAUAUUUCGACUCGCACAAGGACUCCGUCUUCGCCAUCGCGCAACACCCGACACUGUCGUCCCUCAUUGCGACUGGUGGCUCCGAGGGUGAUGGUGAUGAUGCGCCCGGCAAGGGUUACGUCUUCGACACAUCAGCCGUUGCCGGCCGGCCUGUCCUCCCACCUAGCUACAAUUCCAACCCGAACGCACCGCAGCAGACAAGCACCGUGCUGAAGGAGAUUUUUACACUCGAGGGACACAGCGACUCGAUCAACGCGCUGGCUUUCACGCUACCGCGCGGACAGUUUCUAGUUUCGGCUGGUCUUGAUGGGAGGAUAAGAACAUACCAACUUGCGAUCGACGCGCGGAAUAAACCAAGCUUCAAGUUCCUGGCCGAGGCACAAGAGGUGCCCGAGGUUAACUGGCUGGCUCCAUGCCCCGCAGUAGAAUACCCAAAUACAGUUGCACUGGGCGCAUCGGAUGGCUCGGUGUGGGUGUACACGAUCGACGCUUCAGACUCUGCCAACCCACUCCAGAUCGUUCAGAGCUAUUUUAUGCAUCAAGGAUCAUGCACAGCAGGCGCUUGGUCACCCGAUGGCACAUUCCUCGCGACAGUCUCAGAUGACAUGUCGCUGUACGUGUGGGACAUCUGGGGAGCAGCAGCCGCCAAGGGACUGACCAACGACAACGGCCAAACCGUUGUCUCCCUCACAGGUGAAGACCAAAGAUUUGAGGUCCAGGGUGGACUGUUCUCCGUGGCCAUCGACCCGAGUUCAGCUUUCGUAGCCGUUGGUGGUGCAGGCGGCGCAAUUAAGAUCGUAAGUUUACCGCGCAUCGCCAACGAGGCAGCAUCGCAAGCACAGCCCCAGUCCAGCAAACAGACCAAGGCAAAGGCGAAGGGAGGCAACGCAGGUGGCAGCCAAGCUGGAGUUAUUUUGGCUAGUGUGCACACCCAAACCGACGGCAUCGAGACGCUCUCCUUCUCGCCGACGCAGAGCUUGCUCGCCGCUGGUAGCGUCGACGGCAGUAUUGCCAUCUACGACACGGCAAGACGGUUUUCUGUCCGACGUCAUAUCAAGGAGGCUCAUGAUGACUUCAGUGUUGUCAAGGUUGAGUUCGUACGUGGAGAGGGUGAUGGCUGGCUGUUGACAAGCUGUGGUAUGGACGGUGUGGUUCGAAGAUGGGACGUCAGAGGUGCGACACCGAGUGGAAAUAUUGGGUUCACUGCGGCUUCUGGCUUGAGCAAAGAAUGGCGAGGUCACAGAGGUGAUGGCGAGGGUGGUGGUGUGUUGGGCUUCGUCCAAGGCACUACUGGAGAGAGGAUCGUCACAGCUGGUGAUGAUGGAAUUGUGUUGGUUUUUGAGGCCUAAAGUCUAAGGACUGCCCACUGCUGAUGGAUAUGGUGACCAUAAAUACAUACUAGCUAGAUGGUAGAUGGUUUAUGAGAACAUAAACAAAAGCGUUGCUAGCAAACACUCGCACAAAUAUGUAAGGACUGACAGCGCAACCAAAUUCCAUGAGUACUGAAUCGAGUAAUCCUGUCCCAUAUCGUGACCGACUGAGUAGCCCGACGUCUGUAGGCUUUUAGCAUUGGUUGUCUGCCGUAAUGUAAGUCACAUCUAACCCCUAAUUGACGCG